AUGUCUCCUCCUCUCCGCAUGGCCACUCCCGCGAACCACCUCAAAAACUCUUCCUACCUCUCGCCAUGUCCAUCUUCUGUUCAUCCCCCCACUGUACGUCCCAACACUUCUCCGACCUCUAACCUUCCUCUCUGGAUUCCGCCCUCUCGACCUGCCCCGAGUCACGGCCGCCGACAAACCAGCUCCUACAACUUAACAGACAGUACCAAUACUCACAAUACAGUCUCCGCUCUCACUUGCUCACCUCCCGGCUCCGCUCUCGUCCACAUACGUCAAAAACCCACCCCCCCUGACUCCUCCCCGGCCUCGUCCCAAAACCUUCCGUCCCCUGCAUCCCCUCUCCUCAUCUCUCUCUUCCCCGUCUUGUUUCCUCACUCCAGUAGUCACGCGCUCGUCCCUCUCCCGCAUAUCGCCCUCUCCACCUUCCCCGUUCUCAGUCGCACUCUACUCCCAUUUCCUCUCUCUCGCAACACACCGGGGCCAAUCUCUCUGCUGCGGGGGCUCUGGGGGGGGGGUGUCUUCCGUAUCCUCCCCCGCUCUGCUCUCCCCGUUCCUCCGAUCGCUCGUACGGAUACUCGCUCCCUCCCUCCACUCUCACAUUAUCAUCUCAAUCACCACACGCCUAAUCCCUCUCCUCUCGCUCACCCCUCUCUCCGAGGCUCGUCUCUCCCUCUCCUCUCUCUUCUCUCACACUCUGUCCCUUUCUCCCUCUGGGUCCUCCCCUCCCUCCCCUUCCUGCGCGCCAACCAUCCGAGUCCUCCCAAGAACGUCCUCUCUCGCUAUCACGUCACCACCUCCGCUCCCCUUCCCAAUUCCCCUGCUCCUCCCUCUCAUCGCUACCUACCCUCUCCUCGUGGUCCUCUUCCCCUCUCGCAUCCAAGCGGCCUAUCAUUCACUUCAAUCCCCUCCUUCCCCUCCCCCUUUCUUCUAACGCUCUCACCUUCUACGUUCUCCUCACCUCCCUCCCAUUCCGCUCGACUCUUUAUUUCAGCCUCGCUCGUCUCUUCCCGUCUCGCUCUCCUCAUUCUUCCACCCACUGCCCCACACCGUCCCCACCCUCGACCCGUACCGACUCCCUUCCUCUUCCCCCCAUCUACUUCCAUCACGAGCCGAACCCAACUCCUCUUCUCCACCGACUAUCACACCCUCUAUCACUUCCUCCCGACAUCGUCCAGUCUUCAUUCCUCUCAUAGACAGCGACACCCUCACACCGCUCGUUCUCCCCCCCCCCCUCUCCUCCCCCUGUCUCCCCCCAUCCCCUGA